GCCCAGCUCCUGGGAUUUUGAUGACAGUGAAGUUGCCUGUGUAAAAUCUAUUCACUGUGCCACUGCGUUUGCUCGGCUUGAGGAAGGGAAGCCAGCUGUGUUAAUGCCUAGCCUCCUUGAAUGACAGAUCAGCCAGUCACUCGAUGGGGAGCAACGGCGGACCUCCUUUUUGUGUCACCUUCCCACCUCUCUGUAGCAAGAAAAAUAACUUCAGCACCUCUUCAAUAAUAAUGAUGAAACUGGUAUUAACUGAAUGGCAAUUAUGGAUUUUUAACUCUAAUUCACAGUAAACGAGCAAGCCAUAUGUUUAAAAUCCAACCAAAAAUCAUUUUGUUUUGCUGCGUGUCUCACCCGCUCGUGAGAAGUUGCGAGAUCUCUAUUUGUACAAAGAGGGAUAUAAGCAUUACUUGCCAGAGGAACACAACUGAAGCAGAGAGAGAAGGCGUCCUAAUUUAUCCUUAAAGAUACCUGAUAGUAUUAUUUAUAUAGGUAGAGAAAAGAAAUAUAUAUAUACACACACAUAUAUAUGUUUUUGUUGGUAAUGAGAAUGGCCCCACAGAACGCCGACUCGGAAUCUAUGCAAGUUCAGGAGUUGCCUGUGCCCCUGCCGGAUCUGCAGAAGCCGGGAAGCGCCGAUACCCACGAUGAGACCAUCAGCGAGGGGUCCAUAGACCGGAUCCCCGUGCGCCUGUGGGUGAUGCACGGGGCCGUGAUGUUUGGCAGGGAGUUCUGUUACGCCAUGGAGACGGCGUUGGUCACGCCGAUCCUCUUGCAGAUUGGCCUUCCGGAGCAGUACUACAGCCUCACCUGGUUCCUGAGCCCCAUCCUCGGCCUCAUCUUCACGCCCAUCAUCGGCUCCGCCAGUGACCGCUGCACCCUGAGCUGGGGCCGCCGGCGGCCCUUCAUCCUUGCCCUGUGCGUCGGCGUGCUCUUCGGCGUGGCACUCUUCCUUAACGGCUCUGCCAUCGGUCUGUCCCUUGGCGAUGUCCCCAACCGGCAGCCCAUUGGCAUCGUCCUCACGGUGCUGGGGGUGGUCGUCCUGGAUUUCAGCGCCGACGCGACCGAGGGCCCCAUCCGGGCCUACCUGCUGGACGUGGUGGACAGUGAAGAGCAGAACAUGGCCCUUAACACCCACGCCUUCUCCGCCGGCCUCGGCGGGGCCGUCGGCUACGUGCUGGGGGGGCUGGACUGGACGCAGACCUUCCUGGGCGCCUGGCUCCGGACACAGAACCAGGUGCUCUUCUUCUUCGCGGCCAUCAUCUUCGUGGUGUCGGUGGCCCUGCACCUGCUCAGCAUCGAGGAGGAGCAGUACAGCCCCCAGCAGGAGCGGGGCGGGGAGGGGGCCGACGCCCUGCCCCCCACUGCCCGUGUGAAUGUUCUGGACGGCGGCGUGGCCCUGUUCCCUGAGGAGGUGCAGUCGGAGCACGAGCUCACGCUGGACUACCUGAGCGUGGACAUGGUGCGCAGCAAGAGCGACUCGGUGCUGCAUGUGCCGGACGCCGCCCUGGACCUGGAGCCCGAGCUGCCCUUCCUGCCCGACAUCGAGCCCUCCAUCUUCCACGACGGCUCUUACCCCGGCACCCCCCGCAGCACCAGCCAGGAGCUCGCCAGAGCCAGGCCACCGCCCCGCCUGGCCUCACUGCUCAGGGAAACGGCGAAAGAGGACGAGACGCUGCUCGAUAAUCACUUGAAUGAAGCCAAAGUCCCCAAUGGCAGCGGCUCCCCCCCAAAAGACGGCCCCGUGGGCUACACGAGGGUGGACGUGAAGCCCCCCGCCGCGUCCGGCUCCAUGAGGCGGCGCAGGCACAUGUUCCGGCGGCAGGCCUCCAGCACCUUCUCCUACUAUGGCAAGAUCGGCUCCCACCGCUACCGGUACCGGCGGGCCAACGCUGUGGUGCUCAUCAAGCCCUCGCGCAGCAUGAGCGACCUGUACGACCUGCAGAAGCGGCAGCGACAGCGCUGCCGGCACCGGAACCAGAGCGGGGCCACCACCUCGAGCGGCGACACGGAGAGCGAGGAGGGCGAGGGCGAGACCACCGUGCGGCUGCUCUGGCUGUCCAUGCUGAAGAUGCCCAGGGAGCUGAUGCGUCUCUGCCUCUGCCACCUGCUCACCUGGUUCUCUGUCAUCGCCGAGGCUGUCUUCUACACCGACUUCAUGGGCCAGGUCAUCUUCGAAGGGGACCCCAAGGCCCCCUCUAACUCGACCGCCUGGCAGGCCUACAAUGCUGGCGUGAAGAUGGGCUGCUGGGGCCUGGUGAUUUACGCGGCCACCGGUGCAAUUUGUUCAGCCCUGUUACAGAAAUACUUGGACAACUAUGAUCUGAGCAUCAGGGUCAUCUACGUGCUGGGGACUCUGGGCUUCUCCAUCGGCACAGCCGUGAUGGCCAUGUUCGCCAACGUCUAUGUUGCCAUGAUCAUGAUCAGCACCAUGGGCAUAGUCUCCAUGAGCAUCUCCUACUGCCCCUACGCCCUGCUUGGGCAGUACCAUGACAUCAAGGAGUAUGUGCACCACAGCCCUGGGAACUCCAAGCGCGGCUUUGGCAUAGACUGCGCAAUCCUCUCCUGCCAAGUGUACAUCUCCCAGAUCCUGGUGGCGUCCGCCCUCGGGGGCGUGGUGGACGCCGUUGGGAGCGUGCGUGUCAUUCCCGUGGUGGCCUCCGUGGGCUCUUUCUUGGGCUUCCUGACAGCCACGUUCCUGGUGAUCUACCCGGAGGUGUCUGAGGAGGCCAAGGAGGAGCAGAAAGGCCUGUCGCGCCAGCCGUCAGGUGACGGCGGGGACGGCAGCCAGAAGCCCACCGUGCUGACGCUGUCCCGGAAGCAGGGCCUGCAGGGGCUGGUGGAGACAGAGUCCAUGGUCUGAGCCUCGCCCCUGUGCACACACAUUCCGGGGGGGGUGGGUGGCGGGGUGGGCAGGGGUGGUCACUGUUGGCUUUGGUGGCAGCACAAAGCAGAGUUCCUUCACAACACGGGUGGGGGUGCGGUGGUCGUAGGGUAGGCCUGAGCCACUAGGCAAAAACACCACACUAACUACUCUUUCCACAAUUAAAUCAUUUGAAAUAUUUUUUUUUAAUUGAAAA